UUCUCAAUCAAAUGAACGUCAAUUCUUGAAAGAUUUCAUUAGUGGUGCUCCUGGGUCAUCGGGAGCUCGCUUAGCUGCAUGGCUGCAACCAGAACCUCGCCUAGAUCCCAACAAAUGUGAGUUAAAUACAAUCACUGAACCGUUGCGUUAUGGUUGGCCCACACAGAUAACAGUGACCAUAAGGGAUCAAUAUGGGGAUGCAAUUGUGGUACCAGAGUUAAAGGUCGAAAUCAAAGCCAUACCUACUGGAUCCAUGGGGAAUGGUAAUGUUAAGCUACGUCGUGCCUCCCAAUCGGACAACUACUUCGGCGGUGUGGCACCACCGCCACGACAAAAUUACGAACCCACAAUUAAAGAGAAAAUGUGUUUCAAGGCCAUUACUUUCAUGAAACCCUACAACAACUACUCCUUCGAGGAGUUACGUUACAAUAGCCCCAUACAGACCCGAGUUACAGAGACCCUCUUUGCCCAAGAUAUGGAAGAUGGUACAUUUAGUGUCCACUGGACACCCAAUGCUGUGGGUAGUUAUUGCCUAACGGUCAACAUUGAUGGUAUCCUCCUGGAAGAGGUUUAUCGUGUGGAGGUUAAGGAGGGUAGUGUACCACCACCGGCCCAUAAAAUGGUUAUGAAAAAUCAUCACACCCCAAAUAAGUUGAGGAAAUUCUAUACCGAAAAUACGGCUGGUCUACGUAUACGUUCCCAUCCUACCCUGCAAUCGGAACAAGUGGGUGUGAUCAAGCUGAAUGGCGUAAUUUCGUUUAUCGAUGAAAUCGAAAAUGACGACGGGGUGUGGUUGCGCCUAUCAACCGAAUCGAUAAGGCAACAUUGUGCCAUGGGUUGGUAUCCGACGGAGGCAUGGUGUUUGCAGUAUAAUCAGCAUUUGGGUAAAACGUUGCUGCAUCCUGUCGUGGAGAAUACUUCCGUCGCGAACAGAGAGAGUAACACCAAUGAUAUGAGUAUGGAGAGCCAACCUAUGUCGCCGCUGCCCACAGUGCAGGAUGUCAGUCGGAAUAGGCAACGUGACAUUUUGGAUAAUUUGGAACCGGUAAAUGCUACUUUGGAAUCGCCAUCACCCAAUGCCAAGUCUGCGGAUUCGAAGAAGGUAUUUGAUUUUGCUGCAAAUCCUCCCAAGCCGGCGGAGUUUCCUCAUGUCUCUACAAAUCCGUUUAUUUGUGCCGAUACUGAAUCUAAGAACUCGGUAAAUGAUCUGCAGCAGCAACAACAUCCAUUCGGUGGUGGUGGUAGUGAUGGUGAAAAGGAAGAUCCGUUUGCUGCGGGUAGUGCUGGGGCCAGUAAUCCCAUUGGUUCAGCCAUUGCAGGAGUAGUUGGUGGCGGGGCCAUUAAACUGCAAGCCCUGCAAAAAUGGUUUAAGGGCGAUAAUGAACCCAAUUCUGGUCGGGAUUAUUCCUUUAAACCCUCCGAUGUGGGAGAAAUAGCUUCGGUAUCGGUCAGAGAAUUGGUGAGAGUAAUGGGUGGCCAAGACACCCGCAGUAAUGGUAAUGGAUCUCAGCGUUCAAGUAGCCCCAUAAAACAUGCCACAGAAGAGGGUGGAGGACGUUUAUCGGAAAAUGUGGAUAAUUCCUUGGUCCAAGAUAGUUCCAAUGUGGAUGUGGGCAAUUUUGAUGUCGUCAGUAUGCGUAAGACUCAUUUUACCCCAAGUCAAACUGCAGCUUUGCUGAGUACCCCAAAACACUCACCACGACGUGUGGGAGGCUCCAGGAAAUCUACUACUUCGUUGGGAGCUUCAAGCCUGGCAAAUGAUUCAGGAGGAGGUUUGAAAGAAUCGGACAUUUCCAACUUGGAGGAUGAAAUGAGUUUAAUGCAAAUUACCACAUCCUCCACAAGCAGUGGUGGUACCGUGGUCCUGCAAGAUCAAAUUGUGUUUGGAGAUUCUCGCAGCGCCCAACAGUCUACUGCUAGUACGGAUAAUUCUAGUCCACCUAUAUGGCCGGAGGCGGCUGCUGCUGCCGCCGGAAAUGCAACACAAAAUGCUUUCUUCAAAUCGCAUGGAACACAGACGACGACAAAGAAAACAACCAUGGGCCCCAUAAAGAGGGCCAUGCCACCUUCAUUUGCGGAGAGUAUACGGGCGGUGUUCGCCGCCUUCCUUUGGCAUGAGGGUAUUGUCCAUGAUGCCAUGGCUUGUGCAAGUUUCCUGAAAUUCCAUCCCAACUUACCCAAGGAGGGUACAACAGUUGUGACACGGCGGGAUCAUGGCGAGGGUAGGCAGCAAUUAUCGAAGGAGCAGAAAGCCCAGCAAAGGCAUUCUGUGGAAGUGGCAAAUGCUGGAAACUAUUUGAAUAUACGACCCUCCACAUUGGAAACCCUAACAAAGACGGGUAAUUUUUCUGUGAAUAAUCGAAAAUAUCGUAAAGGCUUGUCAAAUGAUGCCGGAGAUGGCGAGGUGGGUGAGAAACAAAAGCUGCACUCUUUGCCCGAGGUGGUAACAGUUCUGCCGCCUGCUUUGAGAAGCCUCGUUUAUCUUUGGGAACACAUUUGUUCCAAUUGUGUACACAUCGUGCAAUCGAAUUCUCUGAGCCAAGAGAAAUUCUCCAAUCGAGAGGGCAGUGGAGAGUCAAAGGAAAAACAAACUAACAAGGAGAAGGAAAACAAGAAAUCGAAGAAGAAAAAGGAUGAUGGGUCCUGGUGUGAAAUUUGCCAAGUAUUCCUGCCGAUACCGGUUACCUAUCACAUGCGUAUUGUCCAUCCUGGCUGUGGUAAAUCCGCCAAGGGUAAAGGUUAUAACAGCGUGGGUAUUUUCUGUGAAGGCUGGGCCGGCAAUUGUGGUGAGGGUGGCAAGGGAGCUUCCAGUUGGUUCCUGAUGUGUGAUGCCUGUCGGGACAAAUAUAUUUCCACCAAUAAAAAUACCAAUAACUUGAAUAACACCAAUUCCGGAGGACCCUGUAAUGAGCUGAACCUUUUUGGGAUUAAGACCACUACCUUAAUAGCAAAUUCCGAUAUUUACAAUACGAUGCGGGAAAAUGCCACAUUUCUAUUGGAAUUAUCUUCGAAUAUCACAAACUUACCAACGGAUCCAAGUAAUGCGGCGAGUGGAUUGGGUAUUGGCAAGAGAUCGCCUCAACAAAUGCCCGUCGUUGUGGAACAUCAACAUUUCAGUAUGAGUGAAAUGAAUAAACCCAGUACCAGUCGGGGUGAUACGGCCCAGCAGCGACAUAGUCGUGUGGGUCUGAGAAUUAAUAAUAAAUUUGGAGCAAAUGUAUUGUUGCGUAAGAGCUUCACGGGUGGAUCCUGCUCUCCGGAACAUCCUUGGUUGGCACCCGAAACCUUUGCCUGCUUGGAAACAUUUGGCUCGGCAAACAAAGAUGAUCUGCCUUAUGAAAUAUUUGGCAUGGGACCAAGUGAAGGUGGUGGCGGAUUUGAUAGGCCCCUUUCUGAAAUCUCAUAUGAAUCGGACUUACCCAACUUCGAUCAACCAAAUCCACCCAGCUGUAUGACCUCCAGCACCGGGACACUAUCGAAAUUUCAUCGCAGCUAUUCCAUGGGCCAGGGAUGGGGUGCAGUUCAACAACAAUCGGGAGGUGGUAAUGUGCGCGAAGAACCCUAUUAUCCUAAAGUCGUGUUUCGUAAACGUAACUCAACCAUUGAUUCCGAUGGAUCUUUGCUAAUUUGUUAUCCUUCGGAGAAUUUACGACGUCUGGUACCCGAACAUGUACUAACAGCAACAUCUGUGGUACAAAAAUGCAGCAAUCUUCCUGAAGCUGGAGGAGAUUCAUUGGGCAAUGAUCCGAACAAGGAGUGUAAAUUUGAUUUUGAAAUAAGCAAACAACAAAAUCAAAGGAAUAAUUCCGAUAAUGAAUCGGUAAAUCAGGUCAAUGCCUUGCUGCAGAGGCCGGCGAUGGCAUUUAUGACACAAAAACAUGAUUUGAAGAAGUUGCGGAGUGCCAUGAAAAGAAGUCUGCGAAUUGCAACCUGUCGUAAUUAUUCCCUGCAGGCCUUUAAUUGGCUACUGCGUUCGGUAACACAAAGUGUGUGUUUGCAUGAUCUGAUGUGGUGGUUUGUGUCAUCGCUAAGUAUCUCGGGAUCGGCUAAUUCCGAUCCCAUGGAUGGUAAAUUUGAUGAAUUGGAACCAGCACUGGAGCAUCCAGUUUCCUAUACACAAAUAAGUGGACGUCUAUCGCAUAUGAUUACCGAGAGUCUUCACACAUUCCUGCAGUCAGUGGCUGAUCUGACUCUUCAUCUACCCCUCGGAUCGCCACUGCAACGCAUAGCCAUACAAUGUUUUGGUAUACGAUUCCGUCAAACGGAUCAUCAAUUUCUGCACAGCUCCCAUGUUUUUGGUAACAUUUCGAAGAUUUUAUCAAAAUCGGAUGAACAAAAUGAAUCUCCCGGGGUGUUUGGUAUGACCGAAGAUGCAGAAAGCAAGGAGUUAUUGGGAAAGGAUAAUUAUUCCGUACCUGAUGCUGGUGGCAAAAUAAUCUAUUACAGCGAUUUAAAUGGUCACUUCGACAUUACGGUCUCUUCACGCCAGGCCAUGGCGGAGUCCUUGACUGACAAUUCCACGGAAACGUUUUGGGAGAGUGAUGAAGAGGAUCGCAACAAAAGUAAAAUUGUGGAAAUAUCCAUGAACAAACUGACCUAUUGUUGUAAAAUGCUACUCAUUCAUAUCGACAAUAGUCGUGAUAUACAAAAUAAAGUGUCUUCGGUUGCCUUCUAUGGCGGUCAGUCACUGGGUGAUACAAGCCUCAUUAAAACCGUUGAAGUUGAUGCUAAAGCUUGCACCUGGAUAUCAACGAAAAUUAAUGAUGACAAUUUCACUCAUUUCCGUUUGGAAUUUACCGGCCCGGAGAAUACUCUACGUGUGAGGCAAAUUAAAAUUUUAGGUUUACCCGCUGCAAUGUGUGGUUCGGCAGAUCAGCUGACAAAUCCUUAUGAUUUAGCAGUGAACAACACCACUCAAGGUCAGGCAUUUAAAUAUAAUAUGAAGCUAACAAAUGCUGUGAGGAUACAACAGCAAAUCUGCGAGGCGGAGACGUUGAGGGUGUUCCGGUUGAUAACAGGACAAGUCUUUGGCAAACUGAUAAGCCUCGAGCCGACAAGCGAUGAAAGUGGUGGCGUUUUGGGUAAAAGUCAUUCACAAAAUGCUCUGGGCAUGGAUUCAAGUGCCAAUUCAAUAUUGGCCGACUCUCUCGACUUGCGGGAACAUAUGGUUGGCAUAUUGUUCUCACGAAGUAAACUCUCGCAUCUACAAAAACAGGUGAUUGUCCACAUAGUGCAUGCCAUAAAGAAAGAAGCCCGACGCGCAAGAGAAGAUUGGGAUGCUGUUAAUUUGGCAAAUUCUCUGCGUGAUCCUAAUGGAACCGGGUCAAAUGGUCAGGAAUCUAAAGGUGACAGCAAUUCGGAACGUGGUGGACGUACCGCUGAUACCUAUUGCUUUGAAAUGUUGAGUAUGGUAUUGGCAUUGUCGGGCAGUGUUGUGGGACGUUCAUAUCUAUCGCAUCAACAUGGACUGAUCAAAGAUCUACUAAGUCUGCUGCACACGGGAAGUGAUAGGGUACAGAGACAGGUGACAGCUUUGUUAAGGCGUAUCUUACCGGAAAUAUCGCCAGCCACAUUUGCCGAUAUUUUGAGUGUGCAACGUCUACCACCAUCGGAUUAUAAUAUAGCCCAUCAAAUUGCUAUAGAUUUUGAUAUGGAUAGCCUGGGGCUUUUGGAUAUAUUUUUGGCGGUCAUAGCCAAGUCGUUGCAAUUGCAGGUAAAGGUUAAAAGUGCAGGAGGUAAAUCCAAUAUGGAGAAGACACCCUCGUUUGUAAGACUCUAUAAUUCCUUGGAUUUAUCGGUACAUCUCCUCAAACCGGUGAAAAUGCAUAUGAGUUCGGAAAAUAUCAAUGAGGAGGUGGAAGACACCUUCUCACGUGCCGACUACACUUUUGAAUAUGAUCGUUCAAUGGAACUGAAAGCAGGAAGAGGUAGUAGUCGAGACAUAAAAAGAGAAGCUCCGAAAAAUCUAAAUCAAAGGUGGUUCCUGAAUGGUGUCAUACCCACCAAACAGGCGGAGAGUAUUAUUUCGUUGAUAAGGGAUUUGGCAACGGGUAAAUUGGGUGAAAAAUGGUCUCAGAUGACCAAGGCAGCCAUUGCUGAGGCUGUCUUAAACUUGACACGCUUGGAUGAGAUCUUCCGCAGCCCCGAAAAUUGUGUAAAAACGGCCACUUUAUGGUUGGCCUUGGCCAGCUUAUGUGUCCUAGACAAUGAUCAUGUAGAGAAGUUAUCAUCUGGCCAAUGGACCAUAUCAGAUACUCGUCCAAUGUGUACCAAUCAUGAUGAUGGUGAAACCUCCGCUAUUAUACAAUGCGAAAAUUGUGGUUCCCUUUGUGGGGAUUGUGAUCGCUUCUUGCAUUUAAAUCGCAAAACAAGGACUCACAAAAGAACGGUUUGCAAGGAAGAAGAGGAGGCUAUACGGGUAGAACUACAUGAGUCCUGUGGCCGUACCAAACUAUUUUGGCUGCUGGCAUUGGCCGAUUCAAAGACUCUCAAAGCAAUGGUGGAAUUCCGUGAUGGCAGCCAUACCAUCAUCUCGGGUGCCCAAGAUUCGGUGGGUCGUUGCCGUUUCUGUGGCAUAACGGGUAAUUCAGGACUCUUGGAAAUUGGCAACGUUUGUGCAGAUGCCCAGUGCCAGGAAUAUGCUGCCAAUUCGUGUAUGAAAACCAAGUCCUGCGGACAUGUUUGUGGUGGUGUAGUCAAUGAAAAGAAAUGCUUACCCUGCUUGCAGCAUGUCUGCCAUGCUCGGGAAAAUAACAUGGCCGAUGGUUUGAAUGAACCCAAACUGACACAGGACGCCGAUGAUAUGUGCAUGAUUUGUUUUGUCGAGGCAUUGGCAUGUGCCCCAUCGAUACAGCUCGAAUGCGGUCACGUUUUCCAUUAUCACUGUUGUAAAGCCGUCUUGGAGAAACGUUGGAGUGGUCCUCGUAUCACAUUUGGUUUCUCCCUGUGUCCCAUUUGCAAGGCAGACAUUAAACAUCCCAUGUUGGCAGAAAUAUUGGAACCCAUCAAUGCUCUCAAGCAGGAUGUUAAACGCAAAGCCCAAAUGCGCAUUAAAUACGAGGGCAUUGUUAAGGAUACCGAAAAUCGCGAUUUAACCAAUUUGGCAAUGGAACGUUAUGCCUACUAUGUGUGUUUCAAAUGCCAGAAAGCUUAUUAUGGUGGAGAGGCUCGUUGUGAUGUGGAAAUUGGCGAGAAAUUCAAUCCCGAGGAGUUGGUAUGCGGUGGUUGCUCCGACGUGGCCCGAGCUCAAAUGUGUCCCAAACAUGGUACCGAUUUCUUGGAAUACAAAUGUCGUUAUUGCUGUUCGGUGGCGGUGUUCUUCUGCUUUGGCACUACACAUUUCUGUGAUACAUGCCACGACGAUUUUCAGCGUCUUACAAAUAUACCGAAGAAUAAAUUACCCCAAUGUCCGGCUGGACCAAAGGCUAAGCAGUUGAUGGGUGAAGAAUGCCCACUGCAUGUUAUACAUCCACCCACGGGGGAGGAAUUUGCCUUAGGGUGUGGUGUCUGCCGUAAUGCCCAAACAUUUUAGCAUCACAUUGA